UAAAUCAAAUCCUUCAAUUGCAAUGGACGCUCCAACUCCUGCUGUUGAUUCUAAUGUCAAUCCGAACCCCAUUAACGUUCAACAUGUUAACAAGAAAUCCUCCGAUGAGCUGCUCCGGAAGUUCGCCGAACUGGAAGAGGAGGCUGAGGCAAGAGCAAAGGAGUUAAAGUUACAGAAACAAAGGAAGAGAAAUGCCAGAAGGGGUAGUGGACAGGGAAGCGAGAGCCCGUCAAAUAAUGGCGGUGGUGGGUUAGUGGAAAGGAAGCGGCUUCUCCCUCCGGCGACACUGCCGCGGAGAUCGACAUUGCUUAGGCAACUUGGGAUUGGGAGGUCGCAGCUGAUUAGAGCUAGGGAGAUCAGAAACAGGUCUCUCUUGGGUGCCAUUGAAAAGACAUGGCGGAGGACUAUGGAAGGAGCUUCAAGGGUUUUCAUGGAGAAGCAUUACAACAGGCACAGGCGUCUGAUUAGUGAUGUUGUCUAAUUAGUGCAGCAGUGUGUUUUAGGUCAGUGAAAUGAGGGGAAAUUCGUUUUUGUAAAUUUUUAGGGAUCUAUUUAGAUCAAUUAUAUCUGCAAUUUAGAUUCAUUUUGUUAUCUGCAAGAAAUAAAUUAAGGUGGUUGCU